GCCGACUACCGUACGGCCAGCACGGCGGACGACGACUACGGGGCCGUCGACGGGUGCGCGACGGUGGACGCGUACGUGGGCAGCUACAACUCGGGCGACGGCGAGCAGGCAUGGGCGCGGUGCCUCGACUUCUUCAACAUGGACGCGGGCGAGUGGAGGAGGCGAGAGGCGCUUGCGGCAGCGGCCGGGGGAAGAAGAGGGGGCGAGCGCAAACGGGUGCCGAUGAAGAAGCUGCCCGGCAUGACGGUCGGGCUGUUCGACUACCAGCUGAUGGGGGUGUACAACCUGGUGCGGCUCCUGCUGACCGACGUGCCCGGCGGUCUGUUGUGCGACGAGCAGGGGCUGGGCAAGACGCAGGAGAUGUACGGAGUCGUGGCGCUCGCGCACACCCUGAGGCGGUCCAGGGCGGAGGUGCGGGCGGCGUGGCAGAAGAGGGCGGCGGACGACAAGAACAACAGCACGAAGAAGAAUGCUGCGAAUGGUGCCGGGAGUCAUGCGAGCAAGGGGGCUGGCGGCACCGGCACCGUCCAGCAGCACCACCCCCCCGGGGUUGUCGGCGCGCGGUCCUGCCCGUUUGACGAGCGGUACGGAAUCCGGUGUUACUGCUACUCUGAGCUGACGCGCGCUCUAGCGGACAGGCUGCCAGAGGGACCUAACAUCAUCGUGGCGCCGUCGAGGGGCUGUGCCUCGAUGGUCAGGGACGCCAAGACCAAGCUGGACACCAAGGUGUUCAAGAUCCGGGGCUGCCACGAGGGCGGCGAUAAGGAGGACGCUCUGUCGUCGGCAGACGUCGGCUCUCUCCGUGCCACCAUCACCGCAAGCGCGGGGCGCGACGGGUCGGCCGGCUGCUACAAGUACAAGGCCGAGCCGGGGCAGAGCAGCUACAUCAUCUUCGUCUCGCCCGAGUUCAUCCCCCGCCUCAACAGCCAGUUUGCCGUCCAAGUCAAGGUGGCCAACUCGGUCCACAAGACCAAAAAGAACGCCCUGCUCCCCGGCGUGGUGCUCAUGGACGAGUUCCACGAGUACGCCAUCGGCACGGAGGACGGCGAAGAGGGCCGCACUGUCGCGUGGCUCCGGCAUCUCACCAGGCGCUGCCUCGACUCGGACCAGCCGACCCCGCUGGCCUACUUUGUCUCGGGCACGCCCCUGGGCCACACGCCAGCCGAUCUCCGCCCUGCAUUGUCGCUCCUGGAGAGGAAGCCUUGGCGGGACGGGGGCCAUCCGCUGAACGGCGCCACCGCGGCUGCUUUUGAUGAUCUCGUCAGCACCUUCGACGGUCUCAUGGCCCGCCAAGCCGGCGGCGAGGUCGUUGCCAGACCCGACAUCGCCGACUACCGCCGCCGGCUGGACCGCAUCCUCAAGUACACCAUGGUCCGCCGGCUGGGCACCGACCGGUUUCAGGGCCGCAACCUCACGGACCUCGGGCCGCUCAGGGUCAACAUCACGGACCACCAGCUCCCCGCUGCCCUGACCGACGGCAUGCGGGCUCUGGCUGGGCAGACUCGCGACCUCGCCGUCGCGGCGGCCGCCGAGCAGGGCAUCUCUGUCUCCCGGCUGCUGCGAACCAAAAAAGGCGAGGCCCUCCUUCUCAAGCUCCGCCUGGCCUCGACCUUCCCUGCCAUCGCAGCAGCAGCAGCAGCAACAGCAGCAAUAGCCACGCCCGCCGCCGACUUCGCCUUCACCUCGUCCGAAACCCACCGCCAGCUGGCUGCCGCCAAGGGCGACGUCACCCGGACCAUGUACUACACCCAUGUGGCCGCCUGGUCACAGGGCAGCCCUAAGCUCGAGACCAUCCGGCAGACCAUCACAACCAUGCUGGCCGACAAGACCCCGAUCCCGGGUAGCCCGUCGACGGCCAAAAAGUACUGCAUCUUCACCCCGAUCGAGGUCGAGGCGGUAUUGAUCCAGUGCUACCUGCUCCGGCUAAAAUCAUCAUCCUCCUCCUCCUCCUCCCUCUCCUCGCUGUUGCGUGGCCUGAAGCCCGUCCUGCUGCACGGCGGCAUGGCGCAGGCGGAGCGGCAGCGGGUGCUGGACGCGUUCCUGGCCGAGGGCAGCGCGGCGGCGCCCAACGUGCUGGUGGCGCCGCUGGCGCUGGCCGGGACGGGGCUCAACCUGCAGCGGGCGCGCUACAGCACCGUCACCGGCCCCGCGUGGACCAAGCGCGAGACCCAGCAGGCCUACUACCGCGUCCACCGGGUCGGCCAGCGCAUGGGAACCCGCCUGGCCCUGCUCACGGCCCGCUGGAACCCGGCCGAGCGCAUCGUCCUGGCCGGGUACGAGGGAAGACCGGUAGGGGGUGAGACAGCGGAGGUGGUGGUGGUGGAGGAGGAGGAGGAGGAGGAGGUCUGGGAGGUCGGAAAUCGGUUCUGUUGCCGGGGUGAGGGCGACGACGGUGACCAUGGUGAUCGCGGGCUGGUGGAACGGCACCAGAUGGCGCGGGCAGCGUAG